UUUUCAGUCUUCCUUAUAUAGUUUCAUUGGUGCAUCUCUUUCUGAGUAUCUGUAUGUGAUGAUAUUAGCUUCCGUAUGAACAAACAAUCCUGGAGACAAAGACAUCACUUUGUGCAUUAAAAGUCCUAAAAGAAAGCAAAAAAGUUUUAGACUUUACAAAUUUCCACAACUCACUUUUCCUUUUCAAGUAUGAAUCCCUUGAUAAAUGCCCCCGGCCAAGAGAUGGACAUUCCUACAUACGGCAAAGGGAAUAAAGAAGAUGUCUUCCUCGUCCGCGACCCCCCGCGUGGACUACGUGACGGCGCUCGAUGGGUUGGUGAACGUGAACUCUCUCUUCACGGCGGCCGUCUUCAUGGGUCUGACGAUCGCCGCGCCGGGCCAGAAAAGCCUGGAGGAGCGGUCAAGCUGCGACGCCGGGACCGGCGUGGCGAGAAAACUGGUGUUGUUCGAGAUCUGCUCCUUCAGCUUCUUCCUCUUGUCUUCUCUUCUGGCCCAAGGACUGAAACUCGCCAUUAUUCUGCUGAACAGCACAGAUGUGGAUCGGGCCUUCAAGGCCCAUGUGAAUCUCAAGGUCUUGCGGGUUGGGAUGAUGGGCUCUGCUGGUGGGUGCGUCUUGGGCUGCGUCUUCUUGCUUCUGUCUAUGGUCAAAGUGAUAGAGAUCCGGUUGGGGAUUUUUUCGUGUGGGAGCGGAACCACAGCCAAUGGGUUGAUGGUUUUGGUCUCUUUGGCUCUCGUUUUAUAUAUGGGUUCUACGAUCUAUGUUUUUUUCCAAUGAAGUCACAUCUACCAGGGAAUGUUUCCUUGAACUUUUAUUUUUAUUUCCGUUUCUCAACACUUGAGUAUACGAUGUUGCCUUCUUGAUCAUAUGAAUUCAAUGAGUUGAAUAAGUAUAUAUAUUGUUGUGUAGUA